AUGAGAAAAUGGGAGCUUAAAAAAAAACUAUAUUCUGCACUUAGAUCUAAGGCCGAAAUUAAUAAUCUUAGUGAGAAGUUGCUAACUAAGUAUUUAGAGCAAAAGAAAGAGCUUCAGCGUCUUCGAGCGAUUUCAUCACUCGAAGCCAGAUAUAUAG